AGCAGAUUGACUAUGCAGCGCCUUUAAGGGUGGGCGGGCUUUAGGAUGAGAGGCGGGACUUCUGGGUUUCACGUGGGCGGUUCUGAUUUGACAGAAGGAAGAGAACUAGUGACAGAAGGAAGCCAACAUCAAAAAGCCGGGUUGUUCUGUUGGUUUCUUGAAGAAACUGGGAUCUAUGGCCGUUAAAGGGAUGAAUCUGGGCAGUGUUUGCUGUCUUGUCCUGUAUUUUGUUGCGGCAGUGCUUGCAGGGCGAGAUUUCUACAAGAUCUUGGGGGUGAGCAAGUCGGCAUCUGUGAGGGACAUCAAGAAGGCUUACAGAAAGCUGGCUCUCCAGCUUCACCCUGACAGAAACCCCGAUGAUCCUACUGCUGCUGACAAAUUCGCAGACCUGGGGUCAGCCUAUGAGGUGCUUUCAGAUGAUGAGAAGAGGAAGCAGUAUGAUGCAUACGGAGAGGAUGGUCUGAAAGAGGGUCACCAUGGUUCUCACAAUGAUAUCUUCUCCAGUUUCUUCGGGGACUUUGGCUUCAUGUUUGGAGGUAACAGGCAAGGACAACAGGACAGGAACAUUCCCAGAGGAAAUGACAUAGUACUAGACCUGGAGGUCACACUCGAAGAAGUGUACUCUGGGAACUUUGUAGAGGUUGUGCGCAACAAGCCUGUAGCCAAAGAGGCCCCUGGGAAAAGGAAAUGCAACUGCAGACAGGAAAUGAGGACGACGCAGCUCGGACCUGGACGCUUCCAGAUGACCCAGGAAGUAGUGUGUGACGAGUGCCCCAAUAUAAAGCUGGUGAAUGAGGAGAGAACUUUGGAGGUGGAGAUUGAACAGGGCGUGAGAGAUGAGAUGGAGUACCCUUUCAUUGGAGAAGGUGAACCUCACAUCGACGGCGAGCCAGGGGAUCUACGCUUCCGCAUCAAAGUUAUGAAACAUCCAGUGUUUGAGCGUCGAGGAGAUGACCUGUACACUAACGUCACAAUCUCUCUGGUAGAGGCUCUGGUUGGCUUUGAGAUGGACAUCACACACCUCGAUGGACAUACGGUUCACAUUGAGAGGGACAAGAUCACCAAGCCUGGUGCCCGGCUGUGGAAGAAGGGAGAAGGCCUGCCAAAUUUUGACAACAACAACAUCCGUGGAUCUCUCAUUGUCUCGUUUGACAUCGAGUUCCCACAGACACAGCUGGAUGACAAUCAGAAAGAGGGAGUGAGAGGGAUUCUGAAACAAUCGUCAGUACAGAAGGUUUACAAUGGACUACAGGGAUACUGACACACCAAAAGACAGUCUGGACUGAGUUCUGCGCCACACAAAAAAACACACACACAAACAAAGGAGCACGCUUAGGGGUGUAUUUAUUUUUUGAUCUCAGGAUGGGUUGAUUUGUUUUAUUUUUUUAUAUUCUGAAGGUGGCUUGAUGUUAUUUUUUUUAAAGAAGUCCUGGUUAUAUUUAAUGCUGUAUUUGUCCCAAAAAUUAUUUUACUGCCACCUUAAUUCCCCCUCAAAUUGCAGAUGACUUAUUUGCUUCAAUUUGGAGAGUUUGGAUCUUCAAGUCAACAUACCUUUUUAAUGUCAACUAAUUGUCAACCACUCACAUACAUCUUGGAUCAUGAAAGCUCCCAUUUCCAAUGUUAAACCCAUCACACCUGACUGAGCUCUAGAAGAGGAGCUUUCCUGGAAUCAAAGGACUCUGGAGUCAACAACUUCUCAUGGACAUCAGCAAGACUGGAAUACUAUCACCCUCCCUGUUCUGAUAACAGUUUUAUGUAUGUGGUACUGUACUAGGUCGUUUAAUUUAACCUUGAGGGAUUUUAUCCCCUCCGACACCUUAAAAGAUUCGGUCAAAACACUUUGUAAAUAGGAAAGAACAAACAACAUUUUUAGUUUUUUGCUUUUGUUGAAUUAGAUGAUGUUUAGAUGUAUUAUUUGUGGUGUAAGGUUAUGAGUGAGCAUUCUGUCUGCUGAAAGAAAGGCCACUGAGUGUACUUCUGGAGCUACCUAGCUGCCUCCUCGUUAGGGUGACAAGGAUAUCAUCCUCGUCUGGAGACUCCAUCUCCAGCUUGCUCUGCCUCCCACCACCAUCCACCCUCUUGCUCUGCCUCCCACCACCAUCCACCCCUCUUGCUCUGCCUCCCACCACCAUCCACCCUCUUGCUCUGCCUCCCACCACCAUCCACCCCUCUUGCUCUGCCUCCCACCACCAUCCACCCUCUUGCUCUGCCUCCCACCACCAUCCACCCCUCUUGCUCUGCCUCCCACUACCAUCCACCCCUCUUGCUCUGCCUCCCACCACCAUCCACCCCUCUUGCUCUGCCUCUCCUCUCAGACUGAGUGUGUCUGAAAUGGCACACUUUUCCCUAAGUAGUGUGUUACUUUUUGACCCGCUCCCAUAGGGUUCUGGUCAGAAGUUGUGCACUUUUAAAGGGCAUAGGGUGCCAUUUCAGCCCUGUGUUCUUUGGACUGCUCCUCCUGACUGAAAGAGACUACUGUGAAUAAUGGGAUGUGCUAUAGUACAGGAGGGAAAAUGUACUUUUCAAUUAAAAGUUUAUAAUAAAGAAUUACUUGGUCAAAUAACCUUACAUAAAGGUUACUUUAUGCUUUAAACAAAAUUGGAGUGCAUUUUCAGUA